CUUUGACAAUCGCAGAUGGCUUGUGGAGUUGGUUUGGGGAUGUUGCUGAUUUUCUUAGUUCAAGCAGAGCAUGUAUGCUGUUCAUGGGCUACACAGGCACGUAGCCCCCAGACACACAACAGCAAUGGAUAUGUUGGCUUGUCACAGCAAGAUGGCAGACUAAGAAGACUUCACGGCAGCUAUUCCCAGAAUCAAAUCAGACAGGCCUCCAUUUCUCCACACUCAGCCCAGAGCAGUAGCCUCAGCACAGGGACUGCAGUUAAUAGAGGUUAUAGUCAAGGGCUUUCUACUAGCAGCUACGAACAGACUGUUUCAAAGCCAGUGCAAAGUUCAGUGAGAUUAGUGCAGAGCAGCUUGGUGUCAAAACCUACCUGGUACACAAACUUGGAACAUGUCAGUGCCCAAGAGGUGCCAAACCGCUCCCCUUUUGGCCUUUCUAGUGCUGUUGCAAGUGGGAAUUCAGUGAAUCAACUCAGUCAAAACCAGAACAGUCUUACUGACGCUCGCAAGUACAUAUCAAGCAGCUCUACAUCUCUACAAACUCCUAGAGAAAGCUACUCUCACCAAUUAGCCUCUCAGUGGUCUGGAGCGCAGAAACCUGCCAGUGCAGCUGUACAGAUGCAAACAUCAGCUAGUGCUCCCGCACGAAGAGUUUCUAAACAUAAAUCCAGACCCUCAAGUGUCUCAUUUGAUCGAGCCAUCACUAGAAACGUCCCCAUCCAGACUGCAGCUGGGAAACCAUACCAGAACCAGUGGCUUCCUGUGAAUGUUGGGAACACCCAAGGAAGCUACAUGCCAUCUUCCACUUCCAACAUGAAGGUGAGCUACAACCCCAGCUACACCUCCCUGGAGCAGAGGCCCACCAGUAGGAACCCUCUCCAAGCAUCCUGGGGAUUCAGCAACAUAGCCCAGGGAGCUCGUAACCUCCCCGUGUAUGGAAGCGACACAGUGGGAAAUUCGACUUGGCGUUUCGCCCCAAGCAGAACCUAUGAGAUCCCUGAACGCUUUGGUGGCUAUGCUAUCAGACGGCUCAGUGAGCUGAAGGAAGAGGUUGUCCAGAAGCCACAGACUGCCACAUCUCCCCCAAAGCAGAUGGCGUAUCUCAACCCAAGUAACUCUGAGCAGCUAUACACCAGAUGGAUAAGACUCAAGCUGCAUCCAAGAAAGCAGAACUAGAACGUGCAGCAAAGUGGCCUCGGAUGAAAGUUUUUGUGAAAUAA